AUGCUUGGACAUUGCUUGAGCUCCACACCCAGCGGUCACUUCAGGCUACAUUUCACCUCCCUGCAGCCCCCUGCAGACUGUAGCCUCCUCCAGCUCUCUUCCUCCCCGCAGGCCCACCACGCUUUGACCCGCAGCAGGAUGACUUGUGAGACCCACAGAGACUCCGUGGAGCCGGAGCAGGCCGAGCACACUCAGGUUGUCAGGAAAGAUGGCGUGUUCCGCUCCAUCCUGCGCGGCAUCUUCUGGCCCUUCGGCCUCGUGGUGCGCGCAUACCGUGGAUUCUGGUGGGUGCUUGGCUUCCGGCAGCCGCAGGAGAAGGUCCUCGUCAGUCCCGAGGUCUUGAGUCCUGCACGCCAGAGCCUCACCGGCCGCAAGCGCCUGCACCGGGUCACCCGCAUGCUCCUGUCCAUCCUGCCCCGCAGGGUGCAGGGCGCCCUGGGCUACCCAGUCUCCAGCAGCAUUGGGCGCACCCUCUCACCAGAAAUUAGAGUCUCUCCUACUAAACCUUGUGGAAAGGGCAGCAAGAGGAAGCAGGAUGAGCUGGAUGAGGAUGAGGAGGAAGAGGAGAGUCAGACCUGGGUGGAGGCGCUCACUCAGGAGCUCGCUGACAAUGAAGACCCAGAGGAGGAUCCUGACUAUGAGCCCAGUACCGUCGAGACUGAGAGUGAAGAGUACUGCUCACACAACAACACAGAAAGCGACAUUGAGGUUCAGGGGACAGGUGUCGUCAUUGAAGAUGUGAACACGGGUGUUGAGCUAUCUGUUCCAUCUGAAGUCUCUUGCCCUGCUGUUUAAUUUUGUCAUAUUGACAAAAUGUUGUAUUGUUCCAGUGUUUUUGUAUGUUUAUAUAUUGAUUCAAUAAAACUUUGUCCUAUGCCUUGA